AUGACUAAGAACUUCUACAAUGGCUUCCAGGACUGCCCCUACACACAGUUCCUACCCGAGCAGCUGCAAGCACUGACCACGCAGUUGGUGGAGCAGCUGGGAGCCACAUCGGUCACCACCCGCUUGCAGCCCGGCGUGCCGCAACAGGUGACCCACGUGGUCGUGGGCAGCAACCCCCUGGAACUUCCACAGCUCGAUGAGCUUGCACAGCAGCUGCAGCCCGCACUGCAGGCAAUCCAACGGGCGCAUCCCACCCUGGAGCUGACACCCCAGGCGCUGCGCGUCCGCAUGAGGGUAGUGGACAGCGGCUGGCUGCAGCGAGUCCUCCAGUACGGCAGGGUCCUGCCCCUGCCCCUGCCCCUGCCCCUGCCCCUGCCCCUGCCCCUGCCCCUGCCCCUGCCCCUGCCCCUGCCCCUGCCCCUGCCCCUGCCCCUGCCCCUGCCCCUGCCCCUGCCCCUGCCCCUGCCCCUGCCCCUGCCCCUGCCCCUGCCCCUGCCCCUGCCCCUGCCCCUGCCCCUGCCCCUGCCCCUGCCCCUGCCCCUGGCGUCAAUAGUUGAACUUGCGCAUGCCCGCUGCCCCGCAUUCUGUGCCCGGCGUGUUGGAGGCGGCGUCGCGAAUGUGCCAGAUCAGCCGCAGCGUAGUGAGCGCCAUCAAGUCAUCCAGGAGACGGCGCUGGCAGCAGCGGCGUCCUCCGGUGCGGCAGAGGCCGCCUCGGCCGGGCAAUCCACCGUAGCCGCCUGCAGCAAUGGCGGCGACGGCGGCAGCCGGAAUGGUGCCAUCGCCGCCGCCGGCGGGACUCGAGACCACGGCGACGGCAGCCGUACAGAUGGCGAUGAGAGUGACGGCGGCGAGGUUGGCUUCUCGGUGGAGCGGGACACGGCACGGCGACUUGAUGAGGGUCCCGAAACACCUGAGACACAACAUGGACCCCAGCUGAACCAGAUCCAGGUUCAGAUCCAGAACCAGAAACAGAACCGGAUCCGGAUCCUAGCUGUCUCCCCGCUGCCAGGACCGCGUCCCUCGCCUGACGCACCGUUGGCAAGGUUCUACGGCUGGCUGGGCGAAUGGCGAUCCGAGCUGGACCAGGUGACGCUGCUGUCAGGUGCGGGGGGGGCCCGAGCGAUGUGGGUCGACGUGUACGUGUACGUGUACGUGUACGGCAUAGACACGGCGGAUAGCGAUACGCCCCCACCUCACCCUCGCGCUACGGCCAACUGCUUCGCCGCGGCGCCGCCGAUAGAGCUCGUCAUGUACGGCAUCUUCGACUCGUCGAGAUGCUCGUUCAUCGGCAACGGCACCAUUGAUGCGGCACUACGGGAGCUCACCAAGUACGAGGAGGCACUCGCUGGGCCUCGAGGCGCGUGUGCAGACAACACGGACGGGUCUAAGGCGCUCCGGCCACCUCGCGACAGCGGUGCAACAGUCUCGAGGCACGCGAGGGCUCGCGGUGGCGGCGGCGGGGGGGAUGGCCGCGGUGCCGUCGCCGCCGCCGGCAGCGGCCCCAUCAACCAUCAGGCGCUCAACUACGCCCAUGCCGCCGCCGUCGUACGCGCCUGUGCAUUCCGCAUCACCGCCGCCAUGUCGCCGCUGCGCCUGCAGAGCGAGCUGCCGUACAUAGGGCCCUUCACAGCGCGCAUCAUACAUCAGAUGGUGUCCAGCCUGGGGUCCGAUGGCGGGGGCGGCGGAGGGAACGCGGAUGGCAGUUGUAGCUGUGAACCGCUGGACGCGUACCGUUCGGAUCUUCCAGCUCGAGAUUCCCGGGGCAGGCUUCGGCCUGGAACUGAGGGUGCCAGUACACGGCGCAUGUUCUGCCGCCUGCCGGGAUGCGGCCCUGUACUGGCUCGAGCCUGGUGGGAACAAGGUUUCCGUACAUUUGAGCAGCUGCAAUUGUACGGCGCCGCCGCGCGGCAGCGGGACGGUUUGGAACCGUUGGAGAGGGUUCCGGAGCGGGGCAGCGGCGGCGGCAACGGCAACGGCGGCAGCGGUGACGGCGGUGACGACUGCGGCACGAGUGGUGUUGGUCGUAGGCGGAAGUGUCAAAGAGCGAUUGGGGAGUUUGGGGAGGAGGUGCUGGAUGCUGAGAGGGAGGGGGACCGCGAGGAACAGGAGGAGGAGGGAAGCCGGGCGCCGGCGGCGGCGGCGAUGGCAAACCGAGAAGCGAACCCCGAUGCCGCCACCGCCGUCGCCAGUGGCACCAGCAGCGAUGACAGCGACAGUGACGGCAAGGGCCGCAAAAAGUCCUAUAGCAGGAAGCGUGCACGGUUUGGGCUGGUGGGGGGCCAGUCCCGCACACCUGCCCCGUACAAUCGUCCUGGCGGCGGCGGCGGCGGCGGCCGCAGCAGCGCCCGCGGCCCCGGCGGUCUCCUGGCCGGCUGGUGGCGCGGGGAGAUCUGGUACUCCCUGGCAUUUCAGGACCACCUGGCGGAGGUGGUGGCGGCGGAGGAGGUGGCGGAGAUGCGGCGGGUGGGGGGCGGACGCAGGGGGCGAGCCGCGGAGGACGUCGACUUCCUGGUCACGUGCACCAACACACGCGGGUCCGAUCUCGACAAGGAACCGAAACCCCAAAGUGAAGAUGAGGGCCAGGGUUACAAAACGGCGGGGUACGCGCGUCAUACGGGGUAUCUGUACGGCACCGGUGAUGCCGGCGGUGCCAGUGGUGGCGGCGGCGGCGGCGGCGCGGGCGGAGAGGCGCCUCUUCUUGUCCUGUUGUACCGGCAGUUGGUGGCGGCUGGACGGGUGGUGCCACUGGAGCAGGGUUUCUGUCGCCUGCAGGUCAAUCAGGAGCCGGGGUACAUAGACGCGAUGAAGCGCUUGGUGGCCUCGGGCCGAUCGGCGGGUCAGGAACAGAUGGACAAGUACGACCACCUAUGGUGCAUCUGGGUCACCAGCCGGGGCCGACGGCGCAGACUUGACGUCAUGCUGGUGCCAUACGGCCAGCAAUGGCCGUACGCUGUGGUGGGCUGGACGGGCAGCAAGCAGUAUUUACGGUUCAUGCGGCAACACGCGCUGAAUUGCGGCAUGUUCACCAACUCCCACGCCACGCUGCGUCAGACCACCGCCGGCGUCCGCCUGGUGCCCCAGGAGGUCCUCCCAACCGAUUCAAACGGCCAACAGUUCCAACCCCCACAGUGGGCCGAGCGAGGCGCAGCGGAGCAGCUACAGCUACAGCUUCUAGAAGGGCGCUCCAGGGGUCUCGCGACCUGCAUGGUUGGAGCUACCGCCCGUAAUGCGGACGCUGGCGGAGCUGACGACAAGAGGGCAGGCUCAGCCAGCAAUGUCGCCGCUGGCCCCGCCGACGCCCCUGCCGCUGCGGCGGCGGCAGCAGCAACAACUACAGCUGCGGCGUCUGGACAGACCCGACCAUUGACGUGGGACGGCUUGGCGGAUAGCAGCAAUGUCACGGCGGCAGCGGCGGCGUGUGAAACUCGAUACCCCGGGCUGGGGUGCGGGGGGACGGGGCUGCGGCCCGUGGCUUCGGAGCGGGAUAUUUUGGAGCUGCUGAAGCUGCCGUACAGAGCGCCCCACGAACGCAACGCAUAA